AUGUCGUUUUGGGACAUUGGUAAUAUUUUUGGCGAAGAUUCGAACCAGUCGUACGUCUCCGAAAGCGUUUGGUUAUCCGGCGUUGAUCGACGUGAGAAGGAGGUUGUGUCCGUGCCUCGUUGUGAUGACGGGGAUGAGGGGGAACCAUCUUACAUUGCCCAAAGUUAUCCGCGAUACGAAUACGGGACUUACCAUUCGUAUACGGAAAACAAACACAAGUUAGAGUAUGAAGAAGGUGCUAAGGAGUAUGAGAAAAAUGAUAACGAAGUCGAAGAAAGUGCUAACGACAUUGAGGAAAAUGAUAACGAAGUCGAUGAAUGUGCUAAGGACUCUGAGGAAAAUGAUAACAAAAUCGAGGAAGAUGUAAUGCACUUUGAGGAGGGUGUUGACGACGACGAACCUGCUAACGAGGAAGGUGUUCACGACGACGAACGUGCUAACGAGGAAUGUGUUAAUGACGAGAAAAAAACAAAAAAGUCACCUAAAGAAUUGAAGAAUUGGGUAUACAAAAGAGAAGUUGCGAAAGGUUACGUCAUUGUGACCCAACGAACGAGGAAAAAAGGCGAAGGUGCGUCAGCAAGGAUAGUGAAGAUAUGGUUCCAAUGCGAUCAUGGCAGCGAACCCAAAAGUAAAGCAUCAGUUCGGCGUUCCGUUAGCAAAAAGGUUGGUUGUCCUUUUAGUCUGAUAGGGAAACUAGACUCAAGUAGUGGUAAUUGGAGCCUUGUGGAGAAGAAAAACAUUCACAACCAUGAGCCUGCUGAAUUUCUCGAGGGCCACACGUUUGCUAGAAGGCUGACCCCGGACGAAGAAUCACUGGUGGAGAGACUUUAUCUGCAAAACAUGGAGCCUACAAAUAUACAUUUAACCAUAAGAAAUCAGUACCCACAUAGCGUGUGCAUUCUACAAGACGUACAAAACAUGAUUAAAAAGAUUAAACGAAAAAUGUACGGCGAUCGAACUCUAAUGCAUAUAUUGGAGAGCAUGUUGCAAGAAGAAAGGUACGUUUAUUUCACCAGAGUGAAUCCCUCCACAAAGGCGGUCAAGGAGGUUUUUUUCGUUCAUCCGGACUCGUACAACAUGUGGCGUGCAUUCCCACAUGUGUUGAUGAUUGAUGCUACCUACAAGACGAAUGAGUAUAAGCUUCUGUUUAUUCAAGUUGUGGGUGUGACAUCGACACACAAGUCUUUUUGUGUGGCUCAUGCGUUUGUCUCUAAAGAAAAAAAGAUAACUUCUUAUGGGUCCUGGAGAAGCUCAAAGAAUUGUUGGUAG